CCCCGUGGCCAUGGCGCUGCCCUCGGCUCUGGCCGCGGCCGUGGCCGGGCUGCUCCUGCUGCUGCUCCUGCUGCUGUCACCCGCGGCCAGAGCGCGGCUGCCGCCGCCGCCCCUCCUGUGGCACGACCUGGUGGCUUUCGCCAGAACGGCCGGCUCAUCGCUGCGCUGCCGCCGCCGCCUGUCCCGCCGCCCCGCCGUCACCCUGCUCGACGUGUUCCGGCAGCACGCCCGGAGCCGGCCCCGCCGGCCGCUGCUGCGCUUCCAGGAGGAGAUUUACACCUUCGAGGAUGUGGAGAGGAUCAGCAACCGCGCGGCCUGGGCGCUGUCCCGGCGCCUGGCGCUGCGGCCGGGGCGCACGGUGGCCGUGUUCCUGCCCAACGAGCCCGCGUACCUGUGGACGUGGCUGGCGCUGGCCAAGCUGGGUUGCCCCAUGGCGUGUCUCAACUGCAACGUGCGGGGACGGGCCCUGAGGCACGCGCUGGAGGCUGCCCAGGCCACCCUGGUGCUCGCCAGCCCCGAGCUCCGGGAGGCCGUGGAGGAGGUGCUGCCGGACCUGCGGCGCGACGGCGUCCGCGUCUUCUACCUGAGCUCGGCGUCGCCCACGCCGGGGGUGGAGGCGCUGCUCCCCGCCAUCGAGGCGGCCCCCGACGAGCCCCUGCCCGCCUGGCACCGCGCCGGCGUCACCGCUGACUCCAAGGCCAUGUUCAUCUACACCUCCGGCACCACCGGGCUGCCCAAAGCCGCGGUGAUCACAGAGCUGAGGCUGAUGAUGGUGGCCAGCCUGGGCCGGAUCUGCGGCCUGCGGCCUGACGACGUUGUCUACACCACGCUGCCGCUCUACCACUCGGCCGGGCUGCUGGUCGGGCUCGGGGGGUGCCUGGAGGUCGGAGCCACCUGCGUCCUGCGCUCCAAGUUCUCCGCCUCCCAGUUCUGGGCCGACUGUCGGCGCUACAACGUCACCGUCAUCCAGUACGUGGGGGAGCUCAUGCGCUACCUGUGCAACACGCCCAAGCGUGCCGAUGACCGCGAGCACGGCGUGCGCAUGGCCGUGGGCAACGGCAUGAGGGCGGAGGUGUGGAAGGAAUUCCUGCGGCGCUUCGGGCCCGUGGCCAUCUGGGAGUUCUACGGGGCCACCGAGGGCAACGCUGGCUUCAUCAACUACACCGGGAAGGUCGGGGCCGUGGGCAGGGCCAACAGGUUCCUCAAGCUCUUCGCUCCCUUUGAGCUGAUCAGGUACGACGUGGAGGAGGAUGAGGUCGUGCGUGACGAGCGAGGGCUCUGCAUCCCCGUCAAACCCGGUGAGACAGGGCUGCUCGUGGUCAAAAUCACCAAGAACACCCCGUUCCACGGCUACGCCGGCGACUCGCAGAAGACGGAGAAGAAGAUCCUGAGGGACGUCUUGGCCAAAGGCGACGCCUUCUUCAACAGCGGCGACCUCCUCACGAUGGACCACGAGAAGUUCAUCUACUUCCAAGACCGUGUCGGGGACACCUUCCGCUGGAAAGGGGAGAACGUGGCCACGACGGAGGUGGAGGCCACGCUGGGCUUGGUGAGCUUCAUCCAGGAGGUCAACGUCUACGGCGUGGCUGUGCCGGGGUGUGAGGGCCGCUGUGGCAUGGCCGCCGUGUGCCUCAAGGACGGCGCCACCUUCGACGGUGACAAACUCUACGCCUUCACGCGGGAAACGCUGCCCGCCUACGCCGCCCCCCGCUUCAUCCGGAUCCAGGACGCUCUGGAGAUCACGGGGACGUUCAAGCAGUGCAAGAGCAACCUGGUCAAGGAGGGCUUCGACCCCGCCGUGGUCCGGGACCGCCUGUUCUUCCGCGAUGACAGCCAGAAAUCCUACGUGCCGCUGGCCGCCGCCACCUUCGCCGCCAUCCGGGACAUGAAGCUCAGUCUGUAGCGGCGCUCUGGGGGCCCCGGGGCUCUGAUGGCCUCGGGGUAAUUAGCAGAGGCUAAUUUGGGGCUAAUCAGGCUUCGUUUGGGGAGGUUUUAACCGUGUGGGAGCAAGAGGAGGGCGAUGGGUUGGUGUUACCUCGCCCUGCGCUUCUGUGCUGUGGAAAUUAAGCCCUUAAUUCCCGGUUUUUGGCUGCCAGGAUGUUUCUGGGGAUUGGAUUCCCUCGUUUUCCCUUCAGGACGAGGCAGGUGAUGCCCCCAGACAAGGAUGUUUGUCCUUGUUUGAUCUGGAGCCCCCAAAACCUCAUCCCGUUCCUGCCCUGGGCUUUGUUCCGGAACAAAUCCCUGGGAAUUCCGUCCCAGCCCCUCAACAACCCAAGAGGGAGAAACUCCUUCCCAAAUCCCGCCUGAACCUCCCCUCCGUACCCUGUCACCCCCCGUCUGAACUCCUGGCACUAAUUCCAUCCCAGCCCCUCAUCCAGGGAUUUAGGAGAUUUUAGGGAGACCCCCUAAAACUCCCCCUCCAAACUCCACAAACUCCCCCAAAUUCCACCUAGA